CUUUUCUCGCCCUAUACAGAACAUCUUGGCCUAUCAACGGUAGCAUCUCGCUCAAUCCGGGCACUGCCGCAAUGGCCGUCUCGACUGUUUCCAUCCAGGAGGCCUACCCCCAACGCGCCUUCUACCGAGCAAGACGGCUACAGAAUCCCCUUUCAACGUUGUAUUCCAACUGAAUCCGACGCGGAACUCAAGUGCUACUCAUUCGGACCGAUCAAGUCUGCGCCAAGCACCGGUCGCGUUGGCUCCGUCGCUCAAGACACCCAUCAAGCGUCCCCGCCCAACGUACUACCGGAAACUCUGAAUGCUGCUCGCUUUCUAUCUCAAAGGCAUCCACCGCUACGCUGCAACGCGAAGCCCUUCGCUCGAGACACUGUUCCGAACCCACCCUUUGCUGCAGUCGCGCCUGCGGGUGACACCGUGCGUUCGAGUCGAAAGAGACCCAAGCUUCUGAAUCGCGUAAAGCAGGCUAUUGGAUCUGUCCUAAGGCUUCCCGCUAAUGGCGGCUCGCAUUCAAGACCAUUCAAGUCCCCGAAAGAGCUCUCCGUCAACAGAUUGCUUCCUUCC